AGCACCGAAUGUCAAUAAUUACAACAUUCUGCCGCAAAUCAUCUGCACCUCGCAGGAAAACAUACAUACAAUCCGUGAUCAUCUUAUCGUUUCAUAAUGAUUUGCGGUGUGCGAAGCAGUUUACGAUCAGCUCGUGCCAUUUCAGGUUAUGUAAACACAGGAGCACUGGUUGCUCCCACAGCGACCCGAUCGGCUGCACCCUACAAGCACUACACGACGAGCGCCGAUAAUAACGAUUCCCCCGUGGUGCUGAAGGAUAACCCUUUCGCCAAAGAGCGAGUACAGUGCGUGCUGUGCAAACACGGCAUCGAUCCAGAUUACAAGAACGUGCAGCUACUGUCCCAGUUUCAGAGCCCAUACACCGGCCGGGUGUACGGUCGCAACAUUACGGGCCUGUGCAAAAACCGUCACGAGCAGGUGGAACGGGAAAUCAUCAAAGCGCAGAAUGCUGGAUUUAUGCCCACCUACCAUAAGGCGGUCGAGUUCCUGAACGACCCGAAAUUGUUCGACCCCGAGAAGGCGAUUCGCCCGCACAAAUAUUAAGUCUCGCACUGUAGUAGGGAACGCAAUAAAUCAUUACUUUUACCGUUAAA